AAAAUCUAAUUGUUAUCUCGUUUAACCUACAUUAAAUUCAAGUAGUACUAAAUCAGCCACAAUUUUUUUUUGAGACAAACUAAAUCAAAGCAGUAGAUAUCUGCGGCCCAAGGAAAAUUUUAAAUUUGGGCACUUCAAUCCUGGCAAUGUGUAUGUUGGAAUAAAAGCUGCAGAGCGAUGGAAAUCAUGUAGGGUAGUCAAAGGGCUUAAGUGAAAAUGUCCCCUUUGAAAAAUGCUGCUCCCACCCCGUGUCCCGACGAGGCGACGCCUUCGUGUUGAACGGCGACCAAAUCGCGUGCGUGCCGGGAAAAGUAUACGACAAAAGUGACAAGGCUGCCCUCGUGCUCCUUCUCCGUUUCUUCUUCCUUCGUCAGAUCCAGCGCCCCAUCCACGCUGCCGUUGGAGGUUUCUCCGGCUUGCCGUUGUGGGAGGGAGAAAGCAGAGCAUGGGGCUGCGGGGCGCAGAGUCGGCGGCGCCCAGCGGCGGCAUGCCCAGCCUGCCGGGAUUCUUCGGCCGGCAGAACAAGUACGUGCGCAUGGACGACGUCGCGCUCGGCCCCCCGCCGGAGCACGAGGAGGAAGGCGUCCGUGCCGGGCGGCGCCGGAGCAGCACGAGAUAUGUCUUCGCCUGCUCCGUCUUCGCCUCCCUCAACUCCGUGCUCCUCGGCUACGAUGUGGGAGUAAUGAGUGGGUGCAUUUUGUUCAUCCAGAGGGACCUCCACAUCACCGAGGUGCAGCAGGAGGUGCUCGUCGGCUGCCUCAGCUUCGUCUCCCUCCUCGGCAGCCUCGCCGGGGGCCGGACCGCCGACGCCCUCGGCCGCAAGCGCACCAUCGGCCUCGCCGCCGCCGUAUUCCAGGCCGGGGCCCUCGUCAUGACGCUCGCGCCGUCCUUCCGCGUGCUCAUGGCCGGCAGGCUGCUGGCCGGCAUCGGCAUCGGCUUCGGCGUCAUGAUCGCGCCCGUCUACAUCGCCGAGAUCUCCCCCGCCGCGUCCCGGGGCUCCUUCACCUCCUUCCCGGAGAUCUUCAUCAACCUCGGCAUCCUCCUCGGCUACAUCUCCAACUACGCCUUCUCGGGCCUGCCCGACCACCUCGGCUGGCGCGUCAUGCUCGCCGUCGGCAUAGUCCCGUCCGUGUCCAUCGUCUUCGCGCUCCUCGUCAUCCCGGAGUCGCCCAGGUGGCUGGUGGUGCAGGGCAGGGCCGCCGAGGCGCGUGAGGUGCUUCUCAGGGUCACCGACGGCGAGGAGGAGGCCGACGAGAGGCUCGCGGAGAUCGAGGCGGCCGCGGCCAGCGCGGCAAACUCCGGCGAGACGGUGUGGCGGGAGCUGUCGAGGCCCUCGCCGACGAUCCGCCGGAUGCUGGUCACCGGCCUGGGCAUCCAGUGCUUCCAGCAGAUCACCGGCAUCGACGCGCUGGUGUACUACAGCCCCACCAUCUUCCGGGACGCCGGGGUGACCACCGAGAGCCAGCUCCUCCUCGCCACGGUCGCCGUCGGGUUCUUCAAGACGGCGUUCAUCGCGCUGGCCAUCGUGCUCAUCGACCGCGUCGGCCGGAAGCCGCUGCUGUACGUGAGCACGGUCGGCAUGACCGUCUGCCUGGUCAUUCUGGCAUCGACGCUCUGGCUGCUCGCGCACGGGGCGGUGCCCAAGGCCCUCGGCGUGGCCGUCGCCGUCGUGGCGGUGUGCGGCGACGUGGCCUUCUUCUCGGUGGGGAUCGGGCCGGUGUGCUGGGUGACGAGCUCGGAGAUCUUCCCUCUGCGGCUGCGGUCGCAGGCGGCGGCGCUCGGCGCGGCGGUGAACCGGGUUACGAGCGGCACCGUGGCCAUGUCGUUCCUGUCCGUCUCCCGCGCCAUGACCGUCGCCGGCGCGUUCUCGGCGUUCGCGGCCAUCUCGGCGUUGUCGGUCGUGUUCGUGCACAGGUUCGUCCCGGAGACGAAAGGCAAGACGCUGGAAGAGAUCGAGCUGCUCUUCGGCGGCGGGGAAGGUGGCGAGGGAGUGACAGUGAGCCCCGGGGAGGUGGAGCUCGGUGACGCCGAGCACCUGGUGCGGAAGGGAUGAGAAGGUCCUUGUACUCUGAUGGAUCCGUUUGGAAUUGUCACUCCCGUCUGAAUGUUUAGUUUCAGAAUGUGCAUUUGAUUUAUUUAUUGGUCAUUUAGGAGAAAAAUUAUACACAGUUAACAGCCUUGCAGCUUGAAAUUCUUAGUUUCAGCUUGCAACACAGAGUAACAGUUAUGACAGAAAUGGGAGGCACUGAAAAUUGGGGAACUGAGCUGUGCUGCACUGCUAUUGCAUAUUUGCCAAUUUCCACAGGUACAAUUAAUACCUUGAUCACUCUUGAGUCUGAAAUAACUCCCAGCUCAGAAUGUAGAUUCCUGAGAUGAACAUUGCUGCCGAUGUGCUCCUAUGCUCACCCUUCAAACUUUGGUCCAGAUUUUUUUUUUGCCGCGGCACCCUGUGUGCAAUGUGUUUCAAGUUUUAUAGACACCCCCCCCCCCCACACACACACACCCCUAACAAAACACAUCAAACUGAUAUAUUGGUUGAGUGUCCUUAUCUGAGUUAGUUUCACUAUGUUAUUGGUUUCAUGCUGGACAAUUUCCAAUUGAAUAACAUAUGACAUAAGGAAUAAAUAAUAGUUUUGUUCUUAUGAACGGUUUUUGAACAAUGCCAGUCAGUUUGAUGUGUUUUUUUUUCUGUCGUUUGUAUGAACGGUUCACAACCUCUCAUUCUUCAAUAAAAUUAGCAGGAGCUAACAUGAUUGGUGUUGGUUUAUUUGGAAAUGUAGGUAAGCCUGAAUAUGUUUCGCAAAUACAGUGGUGCAGUUGACAUUUGGUUGUCAUCUUUUAUCUCCUCAAGUUCGAAGCAACUGAUGUAUUGUCUAGUUAACUGUAGCCCAUCCAGAACCUUUGAGGCAAUGGCUGCACACAGAAGUCAGUGGGUUUGGUUCAGAAGAUUGUUUGUUAGGCUCUCGAGUUACACAUACGUAAACAUGCUCCAGAAAAUUUAGCAUUUGUUAUUGAGAAGUACCAUCUUGUCGAUAUAGAUUGUAUUACAAAAGCUUCCUAUGAUCGAGGACAGCAGUUUACGGAUCAUAUCCUUUACUGCAUAGUGAGAGUUUAUUGUAGACAGUCCAUUGUGUUAGUGUAAUUAUACUGAUACUUUUAACUUCAAGUGAUAGUUCUUGCUAAAAGUCCAGUUCCAGUGUUUGUGGUAGUUGAUUGCGUGUUUUGAGAAGUAUCAAAAAGAUUGUAAACAUAUUUGAAACCAUCGACCCGAGGAACAGA